CACUGCUAUUUUCUAUAUUAAACAUGACAUUUCUAGGUAUUGUGAUUAAAAAUAUUCAAUUUGUUUUCCAGACUGGUGGUGGUGUUGCUGAAUACAUACCUUCAGACGAAAUAUUGGACAGAGUGGGUUCAUAAUUAGGAAGCACAGUCAGUGGAUUUGUAGUGCCAUUUGGUGAUGAUAGGAAACCAGAAAUGUUAACUGCUGGUUGUAGUGACUGUGACUGUGCUAAUAUUGACUCUUGUAAAGAUGCCAGGGUUUUAACUGUGGAUGCUAAAAAUAACUCAACACCACCAGUGUCUUUGGCGCAAUCUAUGGUGUUGGAUUGUGAGCUGAAUGAUAAUAGUGAGGUUCUGGUGGCUCCAGACAAACCUCACCAUGUCACAUUUACUAAACCUGGAACAGGUACAAAAAAACGUAAUCGAGAUGAAGGAAGAUCAGCAAGGAAUGUUGCAAUAGCUGAGUAUUACUCAGAAAAGAAAAAAGUAUUUGACAAGCAACUUGAUACAAAACGAGUUGAUAAACGAUAAUAUUAAAUACGAAAAUUAAAAUCUUUAAUUACAGUAAUUAAAGAUACUUAAAUUUGAAAAUAAAAGAAAUGAUAGUGAAAGUUGACAUGGCGGAGAUGCGCACGCUGGUCAACGACCUAGUGGAGAAACAGCGCAACUCGGCCUCUGCCUCCCCUCCGCCCGAAGUGAAACACGUCAAUGAGGUUGAGGAAUUGAGGUGGUGGCUCGCGAUGCUGGAAACGAGAAGCUCCACCAUAGACCGCGCGAGACUGUCCCUGGCCCAUGAAACAAAAGGUGGUGCCCUUGUGCCGGCACCUCGCAAGACCGCGGCCGUAAAAACGCAUAGCGGCCCCAAAAAGGCAUCAAUACCCGCGCGGGACCCCGCCGCAACUGCCUCCAUGACUGCUGCUGCGGGGGCACCUACACCCGCCCCUGCAACGAAACCUCCUGUCCCGUUCCAGCCUGCGAAGGUGGGGCUCGGCAGGAACCGAAACAAAAAUAAGGGGGGCGUAGUCGAGCAUCGCCAACCGUGAAGACGAUGGUCGACUUCUGCGAGAACACCAUAUCGCAGAAGAAGGCGGCGGAACGAGAGGGAGAGUUUUUCCCUUUCCGCGCCGAUCCGUCGCCGUCGAGCCGGGAGCCGGAGGAGGGAUUACGCCCGCACAUUCUGGCCCCUGUAGGUGGCGGCUUCCCCCCCGAUGAAGGUCACGGGGCGACCUGAGGGGGUCGAGGCCGCGCAGCGCGCUACCAUUACUCUAGCGCGCUGUCAUGGAGCAUCAAUAAUACAGCAACCGGUUGGCGGUGUAUCGCGCCCCGAUCCGGCAGCUGGUUCUGGUCGAGGGGGAUAUUCCUGGACACCAGUGGCACCGUCUGGGCGGCCUGACUGG